AUGGAAACCACGCAGGACGAUGUAUACCAAUUUGUGACAGAUUUCUUUACUUCUGGUGUGCUUCCCAAGGAGCUGAAUAGUACCCUCAUCUAUCUGAUUCCAAAGGUCCCUUCGCCGGAGCAUGCAGAGCAGUUUCACUCAAUCAGUCUGUGCAACACAGCAGUCAAGGUGAUCUCUAAAAUUUUUAGUGAUAGGCUGAAAAGUAUGCUGAAUGAUGUGAUCUCUCCCUACCAAUCGGCCUUUGUGCCUGAUCGUUUGAUCUCUGACAAUGUCUUUCUCGCCCAUGAGAUCUUCCACUACAUCAAGAGGCAAAAAAGGGACAAGAAGAAAUUGUUAGGGAUUAAACUUGACAUGAAAAAAGCUUAUGAUAGGAUGGAAUGGCCUUUUAUUAAGGAGAGCUUAAUUAGGAUGGGUUUCUGUGUAAAAUGGGUUGAGCUAAUCAUGAAAUGUAUUACAUCUGUUUCGUACUCUCUUCUUGUUAAUGGAGUGUUGAGUGCUAUUGUCGCUGAGGCGGGGCAGAAUCAGCUUGUUAGAGGCAUUUGGGUUCGUGGUCGUGCUCCCCCUAUCUCCCACCUAUUAUUCGCUGAUGAGUGUCUCAUGUUCUCGGAGGUGCAGUUGCAAGAAAUCAAUCAUUUGCAGGACUGUCUGGAGAAGUACUGUAAAGCUAGUGGCCAGGAGAUUAAUUUGAGUAAAUUGACCCUAACUUUUAGUCCCAACACCCCUACAAAGUUCAAAAGAUGGUUCUCUCGCAUACUAAAGAUCCGAUACGGUGAUGGUCCAUCCAAAUAUCUGGGUUUAUCGGCCGAGAUUGGAAUCUCAAAGGCGGAGGUUUUCAAGGACAUCACUGAUAGAACUUGUAAGCGGGUUCAAGGUUGGAAGUAG